AAAUAUAUCUGCGACUAGUAGUACUGUGUGUGAACGGAAAACAAUGAGCUGGAGAAGAGUUGGGAAAUCUUUUCAGGCACUGUCAGCUCACACCUUGCUUUUGUGUUUCACUGUUUUGCUGGUUCUCAAGCUCGAUCACGUCGUCGAUUACUCCUGGUGGAUUGUAUUCUUCCCUCUAUGGCUGUUUCAUGUUGUUGUUGCCCGAGGAAGAUUCUCCCUACCCGCUCCAUCAGUUCCCCAUGAUCGCAAUUGGGCACCAUGUCAUGCUGUUGUUGCGAUACCUUUGCUUAUAGCAUUCGAACUACUUCUUUGUAUACAUCUCGAGAGCAUAUAUGUCAUCCAUUCUGCAGCGGUGAAUUUGAAAAUUGUCUUUCUUCCCUUGUUAGCAUUUGAAUUAAUUAUUCUCAUUGACAACUUCAGAAUGUGUAAGGCGUUAUUACCUGGAGAUGAUGAAAGCAUGAAUGACGAGGCAAUAUGGGAAACACUUCCUCAUUUCUGGGUGGCGAUCUCCAUGGUUUUCUUUGUUGCUGCUACAGUGUUCACCCUUCUGAAGUUGUGUGGUAUGAAUGUGGCUGAAAUGAAGUCUGCUAUCGAGACUUUAUUUUAUUAUCUUGAUCAAAAGAAAAAAAGAGAGACUUUAGUUCGUUAUAGUAACUACUUAUUGUUUUGUAGGUAUAAUACUUUUUGUGGUUAUCCACCUGAAAUAGUCAAGAAAAUGCCCAAGAAGGAUCUUGCUGAGGAGGUUUGGAGACUUCAAGCAGCUCUGGGUGAGCAAGCAGAAAUCACUAAAUUGAGCCAGCAGGAAUAUGAAAGACUUCAGAAUGAAAAAGUUUUAUGUAGGGUUUGUUUUGAAGGAGAGAUUAGUACGGUGCUACUCCCUUGCAGGCAUCGCGUCCUUUGCAGUACCUGCUGUGAAAAAUGUAAGAGAUGCCCUAUCUGCCGUGUCUUUAUUGAGGAGCGCUUGCCUGUAUAUGAUGUAUAAAUCCAUCAAAUCAAGUUACUGCCUUCUUGAGUUGGAAGUCCUUACAAAAUGUCAGAUAUGAUACAUGACAAGGUAGUUAAUAGUUUCUCUAAUGAAUUUUGGGCAGUUCGUUUUGCUUUGACUGAACUAACAACAUUAGGUAGGGCAUAGUUGGAUUGCAGUUGUUAUUCUCAUGCUGUGAUCUUCUGUAAAUGUAUGUCCUUUUUAAUGAAGGAAGCUGUAAAUAUUACAAUAUAUGCCUUUUCUCAGUUUUUCUUUUUC